AGAGCCCCAGAGCAUCAAGCCUUUCUGCCUCAGACACAGCCUCAGCCAGAGCCUGUCCAGUGUGCUGCACUAGUCCUGAGACCCACCAGCUCAGAGAAGUAGUCCAGCCACCAGAGUCAGCAUAACUCACAGAGAACUAGGAUAAUUACUUUACUAUCCUAGUUCUACUAUCCUAGUUCUACUGUUCUAGUUCUACUGUUCUAGUCAUGUACAAGGCUCAGUCUGUGAACUAGUCCAGGGCUAGUUGAUAUUUACUCUGUGAAAGUUCUCCAAUACUGUAGUCCAGUAGCUCACCUUAGUCCUCCUCUUAGUUCUGAACUGAGAUUAUUAAGUCUUCAGUCAACUGCAUCUAGUGAGAGCCACCAGCCAGUCCUUUGUACCUGAGACCGCUGCAGAUCACCUACCACCAUGCAGCUCUCACACACCUUCCUCAUCUUCCUCUUCCUCCUUUUCAUCGUCGGGAUUGCACUGGCCGGCUCGUCCACGGCUCGGAGAAGCAGAGUGAGACGUCAGAACAUGAAGGUGAGGAUCAAUGCUACAGGCGACACCAUCGUGAUGAAGUUUGUACGUCCGAACGCUGACACCAAGCUGGAGGGCUACAUCCUGGGCUACGGCAGCAGCAUGUUCUCUAAACAGUUCAUCCAACUCCCAGAGAACGGACUGCCCUACGAGACAGAGAUCGAUGCCGAGCCCAAGUACCUGAUCGCUGUCCAGCCCAUCCCAGUCAAUGAUGUGAAGAAACAGUGCACAGGCAACGUGAACCUGGAGAAGCCCCUCCACCUGGUGAUUGGGUCCGUGACCCCCACCUCCGUGCUGCUGUCCUGGGGAACCUUCCUCAAGACGCCUUACGAGGGGAACAUCAUGAACGACUGCCUGGAGGACGGGAAUUACACGGUGCGCUACCGUGAGAGGAACCGGAAGUGGACCUACCAGACAUGCCCCGCAAGCGACACAGUCAUUGACAGCCUUAAGCCCAACACGGCCUAUGAGUUUGGUGUCCGACCCAACAACAAGGAACGCAGCGGAGUGUGGAGCAAGCCAGUCAUCCACAACACCAACAUGAGUGGGAAGGCCGUGCAGAAACCCUACAAACAAAGGACCCCUCUGAAGCCUGUAGUAAGACGAGCAGAUCAGAUCAUAUCUGCCUCCUCUCCUUCUGUGGAUGUCUCCCAUGCCUCACCUGCCAUCCCCCUGCCCUCGCCCAACCUCUCCUUACUCUCCCCUCAGCUCCUACCCYCCCCCMCCCYCCCCCMYSCCYCCCCCCMSCYCCUGACCUCCCCCAACCYUCCCCUGACUUCCCCAGCUGACUCUGUACUUAACCCCAAUCGUAACGGACAGAGACACAGGCGACCGGCCCAGGCUAGGCCCCAACAGGCCAGGCCCCAACAGGCCAGACCCGGGCCUCAGGCCCAGCCCCAACAGCCUGCUAAGGUCACCCAGAAUCUACAGACCCCCACGGGUACCAGCUUCCUGAGACCUUUGACCCCUACCGAGCCUCGCUCUCCUAUACGCUCUGCCAUUGUCACGGCAGCCAGAAACACAACGUUGCCUCGCAGUCGCGUCUCUCUCUACUCCACCCCUAACGGCAUCAGACCUCUCUCUCUACCCAGGGACACCAACACCAACUCCUCCCUCACCUCCGACACACCAGGGGCCGACGGGGAGCACAAUAAGGGCCUUGCUCUUCCCAAACCUGCCAUCUGGUCCAGAAAGCGACUGGGCUCCACUGCAGUUCUGCAACCCUUUCUUCCUGUCAACAAGAGGCCCAACCUGGUGGGGAAAUCAGGGGACAAGGAUAAGCUGAUGGACCUGAAGCAGGGAGACAAAGCGUCCAUCUUAAAGUCCUUCCCUCUAGUCACGGCUAAGCCCACCAAGCAAAAGACCACAACCCUCACCCCGGCCUUGAAUGCCACGGGUGACAACCCCUCUGUGUUCAGCUCUCUCCCUGCUUCGGAAGUGGACGCCAUGGGCAAGAAGCGCUUCGUAGCCCCUCAUGUGAUCUAUAAGACUGACAAGAAGCCAGACGAACCGUGUUCCAUAACAAAGUCCCUCAGCUUCUUCCCUGAGGAGGAGGGGGUGGAGCAGAACGUCACCGCACCCCCCCGCUUGCCCCCCUCCAACCUCACCGUGGUUACUGUAGAGGGAUGCCCCUCCUUCGUCAUCCUGGACUGGGAGAAGACCGACAACGACACCACAGAGUAUGAGGUCAUUUCAAGAACCCAUGGACCCAAUGGAGAAGAGGUGUCCAUCCUGACCACCAACCAGACUCACACUGCAGUGGAGAACCUAAAACCAGAGAACAGUUACGAGUUCAAAGUGAAACCCAAGAAUGAGCUUGGGGAAGGGCCUGCCAGCGAGCCAGUGUUGUUCAACACAGAGUCAGCGGACCCUCGGGUGAGUGAGAAUGUCUCAGGUAAAGAUGCUAUCUGGACACAGUUCCCCUUCAAGGCAGAUUCCUACUCGGAGUGUAACGGGAAGCAGUAUGUGAAGAGGACCUGGUACCGCAAGUUUGUGGGCAUUCAGCUGUGCAACUCCCUUAGAUACAAGAUCUACAUGAGCGACUCGCUCACCGGCAAGUUCUACAACAUCGGGGACCAGACUGGUCAUGGGGAGGACCACUGCCAGUUUGUAGAUUCUUUCCUGGACGGACAAACAGGCAGCCAGCUAUUGGCCGACCAGCUACCCAGCCGAUCAGGCUUCUACCGGGCUAUGCGCCAGGAACCGGUCAACUUCGGCGAGAUCGGAGGGAACUCGCACGCCACCUACGUUGGCUGGUACGAGUGCGGAACACCCAUACCUGGGAAAUGGUAAGACCCCUCCACCAGAGGGGUGGCCAGGAAGAUGCCUGACUGGAAGAAUGAUGAUCUCACCAGGGUGAGAGGAGGAGGACUGUGGAGGUCUCAGUGGCCCUUGAGGUGGGCUUCUCCAUCUUGUUACCAUGGAGACUGCGUCAGUAUGUUACCAUGGAGAUGCAUCUGUCUGUCAGAUGGUGAUGGCUCACAUUCCAUUGUAUAAAAGUGUACAGGACCAUAUCUUGUCAUGGAACUCUGAGUUCUUUUGUCAUAUCUCCUUAGGGGAUCUAUUCAAUCCGCAUUACGGAAGUUCAGCUUUCCAGUGUGAUUGAAAUUUAAAGGCAAUGUUCCUGCUUUAGCAGAGACUGCUUUUACGAUAAACACUGCUUAUGUCGGCUAAAUCCAAAAUGACCUUUAAAUUUCCAUCACGGAGUCUGUUACUCUUCAGCUUUACAGAUUGAACCGAGCCCUAAGUCUCAUCUCACUAUUUAUCAAACACGACAUGAGGCAGUACUCAAAACCUGUAAAAAUGGAAGAGAAGUUGAUAAAGGUAUUUCAGAGUGCUUCAAGAGGUUACAUAUGAACGCCGGAAACUGUUGGGAAGCUGGCUCCCUAAAAAUGUAAUAACGUGUAUGAUGUUAUUUAUCAAGCAGUUGUCAUUCAAUGUUUCUUGUGGUUUAUAUUAGCCAGUCUGCUAAAAGGGUUGCUAUAACACAAAAGCCUCUGCAAAAAAAGAAAGCAUUACACACGCACACACACACUAAAUUCGUCACUCAUACACACAUACUCAAUACCCUUUCUUGAUUGGUCCUGUAGGAUUGACUGUUGCGGUUUGCACAAUAUGAAAUUAUUAUUUAUAUUUUACCACAGCAUUGUUGAAUACUUGUUUCUGAUAUUCUAGAAUGGACAUUAAAAACAUAACGGGACAGCUGGAAAAGAUAUCAGGACACCUUGCAAUCAUGACGCAAUAUUCGCCUACACAUGCAGACCGUACUUGCUACAAAGUUACAGAGAGCUAAACCAUCAACCACACUAACGGAAAUUGGAAACAUUGUAAAUGCAGGUCCAACAAGGAAAAACAUAGCUAGCUAGCAUUGAUUUGUUUAUGCAGAGACAUAUAUUUUGGAGCAUCUGAUGAUCUAACGUGGUGAGUAGGGCUGUUGAGGUGAUUAUUAUCGCCACACCGGCAGUCAUGAGUCAGGACUGCAGUAAAAUCCUAGGUGACCUUUGAGUCACGGUAUUCUCCUCUUAUGCACUCUGGACAUGUGUUUGAAGUACCCAACUCGCUAAUGAUCAACAGGUCACUAAUGGCCUGGUGAUCAGGACUCUAUUGUCCCUCUAACCACUCUGUCAUGAAUGCAAAUGAAAUCAAAAAUCACAACACUUAUCAUCAGAACAGCAUGAUGCUUUUAAAUCUCACCUCACUAUGAUGAUCAAUUUGAAGAAAGAAGUUCAACAACAGGUUGAAACUGAGUGUAAAACAUGGUUGUUGUGGAUGUUAUUUCAAAGCCUAACACAACGAAAUGGACAGAGCUUUCUAAGGUGAUGACUAAUUCAAAAUACCCACAUGCAUAUUAGAGCUUACGCAUGUAGGCCUAUAUAAACUCAGCAAAAAAAGAAAUGUCCUCUCACUGUAAACUGCAUUUAUUUUCAGCAAACUUAA